UGGAUGACUACUAAUCCCAGCAUGCCAUUCGGCACUCCAGUAAAUUAGAUGGAAGAGCGGGAUAACCCCCUUGCAUGCAGGGAAUUGCAGUCCAUUUAGCGGCUGGUUCAUAGAUGGGCGGGGAAGAGCCGGGUUGCUCUUGUCCGCUGAGAAUGAUUCAUAGAGGGGGGUCAGGAAAGAACGGUUCAGUCUGUGAAAGCCCCCUUAAAAGACUGGACACUUCUCCGAAGGAGGGACAAGCAGGAGAGCAAGCAGGACCUUGGGCCUGACUCCGCCUCGGUCCGCUAGCCAGGCCUCGACCAAGUCCUGGGCCUUGUCGGGGGUGGCCCGUGAGGCGCCGGUUGCUGGGGGAGCGGUGACGUCGCGGGGUGAAAGUUGAGGGGCGGUGACGUCGGGCGGGCCCGGGCGGAGGCUGGCGGGUUGGAGGCAGGAGGGAGGGAGGGAAGGAGGGAAGGAAGGAAGCUGGGAAGGAGCGAGCGGGGGCGCGAGGCGUUUACCUGGAGGCAGCGGCUUGGGCGCGCAGAGCGGCCGCGGCUCCCCCGCACCUGCGGCCAUGGAUGAGGAGCGCGCCCUCUACAUCGUCCGGGCCGGCGAAGCGGGGGCUAUCGAGCGGGUCCUGAGGGAUUACAGCGACAAGCAUAGGGCUACUUUCAAAUUUGAAUCAACAGAUGAAGAUAAAAGAAAGAAACUCUGUGAAGGCAUAUUUAAAGUCCUUAUAAAGGACAUCCCAACAACAUGUCAAGUGUCGUGCCUGGAAGUACUCCGCAUUCUCUCCAGAGACAAAAAGGUUUUAGUUCCUGUAACAACUAAGGAAAAUAUGCAGAUACUGCUGCGACUAGCCAAACUAAAUGAGUUAGAUGAUUCUUUGGAGAAAGUAUCAGAGUUCCCAGUUAUUGUGGAGUCAUUAAAAUGUCUGUGUAAUAUAGUGUUCAACAGUCAGAUGGCACAGCAGCUCAGCCUGGAACUUAAUCUUGCUGCAAAGCUCUGUAAUCUCCUGAGAAAGUGCAAGGACCGGAAAUUUAUCAAUGACAUUAAGUGCUUUGACUUGCGCUUGCUCUUCCUUCUGUCACUUUUGCACACCGACAUCAGGUCACAAUUGCGCUAUGAGCUCCAGGGACUACCGCUGCUAACCCAGAUCUUGGAAAGUGCCUUUAGCAUCAAGUGGACCGAUGAGUAUGAAUCGGCCAUAGACCAUAAUGGACCUCCUCUCUCACCUCAGGAGACGGACUGUGCCAUUGAGGCCCUCAAAGCUCUCUUCAAUGUGACAGUAGACAGUUGGAAGGUGCAUAAAGAGAGUGAUUCUCAUCAGUUCCGUGUAAUGGCAGCUGUCCUUCGUCAUUGUUUACUAAUCGUAGGUCCAACUGAAGACAAAACAGAAGAGCUACACAGGUGGGUUUUACCACCGUUGAGGGAUGUGACAAAUCGACCUGAAGUUGGCUCAACUGUGAGAAAUAAGCUGGUGCGCCUCAUGACACAUGUUGACCUUGGAGUCAAGCAAAUUGCUGCUGAAUUCCUUUUUGUCCUUUGCAAAGAGAGAGUGGAUAGUCUGCUGAAAUACACUGGCUAUGGGAAUGCUGCAGGACUGUUGGCGGCCAGGGGCCUCUUGGCUGGAGGAAGAGGAGAUAAUUGGUACUCAGAGGACGAGGACACAGACACUGAAGAAUACAAAAAUGCAAAACCAAACAUUAAUCUUAUCACUGGUCAUUUAGAGGAACCAAUGCCAAACCCCAUAGAUGAAAUGACAGAAGAACAAAAAGAAUAUGAAGCCAUGAAACUUGUCAACAUGCUUGAUAAACUUUCCAGAGAGGAGUUGCUUAAACCAAUGGGACUAAAACCUGAUGGGACAAUAACGCCUUUGGAGGAAGCACUCAACCAGUAUUCUGUCAUCGAAGAGACCAGCUCUGACACAGACUAAAAGCAUCACCUGCUCAACUCUCAAUAUUGCUUUAUCAGCAUCUUUUCUCUGUAGCUCCAGGGGAAUCUUUUCUCUAAAACAUUUAUGCCCUUGCUUUGGCUAGAAACACAUUAACUGGUUUACUCAUUGAGAAUCCAGCAUAUUUAAGAGGUGACCCUGUGAUUUUUGCGAUAUUGAGGCAUUCAUACAGAGCUGCAGUUAGACAGGGUUACAGGGGCUAGAAGCAGAAAAAAAAUUCCAUUUCAUCAGGAUGGAAUUGAAGGAUUUUAUUCUACAAAGCGGCCCUGGUUGAAUCUGGCAAUUCUUUUUGCCACGUUUCUUAGCAGAAGAUUUAGCCAUGUCCUUCCCCUCACUUGUGUGAGUGGCCCCUUCUGAAUCUCUCCAGCAGCCAGAGGCACAUGAGAAACAGAAUGAGCUGGUAAAUAAAGCCUUGGGCAAGCGACUUCUUAGAUCAAAACUCACCAAAUGGAAGCCUAGCAGCUGCUCCAUAAACCUAGCCCCAUUCUUCAUAUCAAUUUUGUAUAAAUAUAUGGAAACACACACACAGCCUCAGACUUAGAAACUGAUUAUACUCUAAAAGUUUGUAUGUCGCUUAGCUAAACCCAGAAUACAUGUCUCCCUAUGAAGAGUUACAAAUGAUGGUUUAGUUCUCAGGCAGCUACAAAUGCCUAUUUAUUCCCUAAUGUACCUGAACACUAGUACCAUAGAACUGAACCACCAUCUGUAUCAGUGCAUGGGGAGUGUGCAUUCUGAGGCCUAACCCGGGGUGCCAGGAACACACACAUCCUCCAUCCCAGCAGAGAGAACGGGGACUCCCUGAGUAAUGGGAGUUCUUUCGUGGCCUCUGCUUGGGGUGGGGGAGUCAGCAGCACCCAUUUGUACAUAUAGGUCAUUCAUACAUCACAUUUUAAAUUGGGAACUGUGUGUGUGCUGGUGUGUGUGUGUGUUCUACGUUUCUACCAUAUGUGAUCAGUUUAAUAGUAACUUUAUUUAUUUAAAAAAAGAAACACAAUUAGUUACUGUUAAACUGAUAAAGGCUGUUUAUUUUUACUUUUAGAAUUGGUCCUAUGGAGAAGUAGAAAGUGAGUCAUGCACUAGACAGUGGGCCUAGCUCAUCAGCGGCUAAAGUUGAAAAGGGGUUGGUUUCCUGUAUAUAUAUGUAUGUAUAUACACACGUACAUACAUUCAUAUAUAUAUACAUAUAUACAUAAUGUGCUUAACCACUGCCUUUUAAAACUUUAAAUAAAACAUUGGGGUUGAUUCAAUUUGGCCAUCUGUGUGUGUUUCUUUAUAGAUACAUGGGCUAAACAAUACUAUUUCACAGUUUAUGCUUUUUAAAGUGCUUUUACAUCCAUUGUCCCACUUCUAAUAGCCUUUUUAAGGACAGGUAAAGUACAUGGAGCAUUAUGAAAAGGUCAUUUAUCCAUAAGUUACCUCUCUGGCAAAGCAAAAAACUCGGGAGUUGAGUUGUAAAAGGCCUUUCAGCUGCCAGAAGAGAGGUCACAAAGCUUCUUGCGACUUACUUAUGGGAGAGAUCUUCACGAAUAUCACUCUUAGACUCUGAACUGAAAUUUGCAUACGCUUCCAACAUGUUUUAUUAGCUGGCUUUGAAGCUCACAAAAAAUGGCAAAGAAAGAGGCUGCUAGAUUGAAGGCAGGCAUACUGAAAGAAGAGAAAGGCCAACUGAAAACUAGAUAGUGAGAUGAGAAGAGUAAAACUUCAAGACGGAGCAAAUCUGGGACUAUCUCCUUACCAAAGGAUACUCUAGUUGACCCAGAAAAUGUGUGUAUUAACAAUAUGGCCCAUAGACUAAUUCUCAUAUUGGUGACCCUGAGUUUUUUUAAAAGAAGAAAUUAAAUCCAGAAUGCUUUAUAAAAGGCUAGGAAGAAGACAAUACAUGUUAGAAUUUCAUCCAGAAUAUUUGAGGGAGAGGUGAGUGAGUGACCCAGGUUUUAACCAACAGCAAAAGAAAUGGGCAAUUCAUAAUUUUAGAUUAAGUGAAAAAAAGUUUAGAAAAAAUUCAAGUAUUUUUGUUAUUUCAUUCUACAAAUGCAUUUUUAAAGUAUUUUUAUAAUUUCUAUAAUCAAAUAGCUUUGGCAUGCAUGUCAGCUUAACUAAAUGAAGAUGUGUUUAAUGAAAUGCCAUCUUACCAGCUUUCUUUAUGCAGAGUAAGUGAACAGUCCUGUUGCAGUAGCUGUGCUCUUCUGCUUUCAGUGAAUUCUGUUUCAUUUUGCAUUUCUCUGCACUGGGCACUAAGCUUUGUUUUUGAAAAGAGAAUUUGCGGGGAAGAAGAUGAGUGUCUUCAUCUGGCACACGGAAAAAGAACUAAUAUCUGUUAAGUGCUUACUACAUGCUGGGCUUUUUAUGUAUGUUAUCUCGUGUAACCUCACCUUAUCGCAUAUGAAAGAUCCUCUCCAGAAAGCUUGUGAAAGUUACCCCACGUCACAGCAAGGAAGAGUCCAACUCUGGUGGCCUGAUUCCCAGCACCACUCCUUCCUUUUCCCCACAGCACACCUGGGCCCACACUGUGCCUCCUUAGGGCUCUGAAAUGCUGGGAACAGAGUGGGGUGAGGAGGGUGGUCAUUCUCAGGCCAUUUUAAGCAAUAACUAUUUCAACAGAACUAGUUUAAAGAAGUUUUUCAGCAGGGAAGUGACCUGGAGUGGAAGUAUGAGUGGGAAACUUGUGUGGUCAGCACUGGAUUUCCAAUGAAGACCUGGAAUCCGUUAGGAUAGGCCAGGGACCAAGGCUGCAGACUGGCCCCUCUGCCCACAACUCUCCUGACCUUGGAAGCAGGGUACGGAGGUGUGUGUCCUAAAAUAAAGCAUUGGAGCUGCUGCUACAGAGGAACCAUCACCAGAUAUUGUGACCCUUUCAGAUGCCCAGUAGUCCUGGGAGGCAGGCAGGGCAGGUGUUAUUAUCCCUCCUUAAUUAAUGAGGACACAGACUGAGGCAGUACUAGUGACUCUAAACACCCCCUUAGUGCCACAUCAGUCUCGCCACCUCCCAGGACUAGGUGUCACCUGUCUUGACCUCUUCCCCUCUGAUUAUAAAAGUAAUAUAUGUUCAUUGUGGAAAGUUUGGAAAAUGCAGAAAAUUAAUAAUUUACCCCAAAUCCCACCAAACUGAGAUCAUCACUGUUAAUGUUUUAGUGUAUUUCCUUCCUGUAUUUUUUCUAUGCAUAUAUAAUUUAUUUUACUACAAGAUUGGGAUCAUGCUGUAUUUACAGAUUUGUAUCCUGCUUUCUUUAACAUAUUGUGAGCAUUUUCCCAUGUCAAUAAAUAUUCUUCAAAAA